AUGUCUGGGAUUACGGCUCUGAAGCUGGCCCUGCUCUCGCUGCUGGGCCUCAUGUGGACCUCAGUUAUUGCUUUCCCUUGUGACCAGAUGUUCACCUCACACUCACCCCCCACCUCAGUGGACGGCGUGCGGCCCUCAGAUCUCGCCACGCUCGCCGCCAUCGGCCCGGAUGCUCACAGUCCACAGCUCAGCGGCGUCUUGUCCAAGCUCCAGGAGCUGGUAAAUUUGUUCAGCCCAUCUCUGACCUCCCCUCACAGCCUUCCCCCUCUCAGGUCACUCCCAGAGCAGGCCACAAAGGCGGCCCUCAGGCUUCAGCACACACAGGAGGAAUGGAAACUAGUACUGCUCUUUGUGCGUCUGGAUCAACUGUGUGCGUGUGAGCACCAACAGGCCUUGUCUGCGGUGGAUGAAAUGACCAAAACAGUGGAUGAAGCUCUGCGGUUGCUCCAGUCCCAGUUAAAGAAGACCAUCGUCAGUGUUGCAUUGUGGGACGGAGAUAAGAGGCAAUGUACCUGUUCGGAGCAGGUCGAGGCCCGGCUCCUGCGAGCGAUGCAGACUCACGCUCUACAGACGUCUCUGGCCGAUCUAUUGGAGAGAAACAAGUGGUUUGACAGAGAGGACUUCAGUGUAGUGCUUCAGGACUCACCGCUGCUCAGAGAGACCCCCACAGAUAGCGCUGAGUCCCUGUCUGACUCACAUCACACAGAUAAGCUGCUGGUUCAGACCUGGAUAAAUCUGUUGCAGCCCAAGUUGGACUCGCCAACAGCAGAAGAGACCGCUCUGCCAUGUCCCUCCGAGAUCCGGCCCUUUCUGAGGACGCACACAAACUCCUAUUUAAAGGAAAGCCAUGACUUCUCCCUGGAGGUGGAAGCAAUUACAGGGACGGAUAUGCCGUGCGCCGACUUCAGCCCUUCCCCUUCGGUGCCUCGCUCAGUGCAUGAGCUGAGGCCUGGAGAUGUCAAAGUGGUUGCAGCUAUGGGAGACUCUCUGACAGGGAGGAGAUCAAGUAUCUCAUGUCAGGCAGGUAACGGUGUGGGGUCCAACCCAAACAACCUCCUGGAUGUCCUGAACCAGUACAGAGGCCUGUCCUGGAGCAUCGGAGGAGACCACAGCCUACCCAACGUCACCACGUUGCCCAACAUCCUGAAGUACUUCAACCCUGGUCUGAAGGGCUUCUCUGUGGGCACGGGCCGAGAGACCAGUCCUCAGGCCUCUCUGAACCAGGCUGUAGCAGGAGCCACCAGCCAGAGUUUACAGAAACAAGUCCGAGCUCUGGUCGAACGAAUGAAGAAUGACUCGAGAAUAAAUAUAACUGAAGACUGGAAGCUGAUCACAGUUUUCAUUGGAGGAAACGACAUGUGCGACUUUUGCAAAAACUCUCUGAAGUACUCGGUGAAGACCUACAUUACGAACGUGAUGGAGACCUUGGAUUACCUGCACAAAGAGGUUCCUCGCACUCUGGUCAACCUGGUAGAACCUCUGCACAUUGCACCGCUCCGAGAAAUGCACCUGGACCCCUCUCUCAAAUGUCCCACGUGGCUCGUCAACAUCCUCUGCCCAUGUGUCAUCCUCCCUAAAGAAAACUCUGCAGCUUUGGAGCAACUCAACGCCCUGAACAGAAACUAUCAGAUUGCACUACAUCAACUGGUUGAGUCCGGCCGUUACGACACGCGCCAAGACUUCUCAGUGGUGGUUCAGCCGUUCUUCAGAGAGAUCGUUGUGCCAAAGCUUGCAGACGGCCGCCCUGACCGCUCCUUCUUCAGCCCCGACUGCUUCCACUUGAGUCAGAAAGCACAGACCAUGAUGGCUCGCUCUCUGUGGAACAAUAUGCUGGAGCCUCUGGGCAAUAAAACUACAAAACAGGAUUUCAUGGCAGAUGUCGCUCUGAAAUGUCCAACAAAGGCCUCUCCGUACCUAAGAACAUACAAUAAUAGUGACUACAUGUACGCAGGGCCCCCUCCGACCACUGGCCCCAUCACUGUAAACCAUAUCCCUACAUCUGUUCAUCGACUCAGACCAGCAGACAUCACUGUGGUGGCUGCACUCGGGGACGCAGCUACUGCUGGAGUAGCAGCAAAAGCCAAGAACUUGUUUGACCUGAGCAAACGGUACAGAGGAGUGGCAUGGAGCAUUGGAGGAGAUGCGAGUUUGGAGACGGUGACCACAAUACCAAACAUUUUAAAGAAGUUCAACCAAAAGCUCUUGGGCUUCUCUCUGGGUCAGCUGGCCUUGAGGAAGGGCUUCAACAUGGCUGAACCAGGAGCCAAGUCUGCAGACAUCCGAGCACAGGCAGAAGCUCUGAUCACAGCCCUCAAAAAGAACAAGGAAGUCAACUUUGAACAAGACUGGAAGCUGGUCACGGUCUUUGUGGGAGAAAUGGAUCUUUGCAACUACUGCCUUGACCAAUACAACCUCACAGCGAGACGAUUCAGUCGCAACCUCGAGGAAGCCCUGGAGCUGCUUUACCAAAGUCGACAGAACUAG